GUUCUGACAGAGGAACGUGCUGGUAGCACCGCCGAACGAGUGCAGCGCGAUCUGGUGAAGCGAUGGCCGACCCCACCAAUGUGCCCAGCACGUCGUCAGCCUCUGUGGCACCAGAAAGUGCAGACCAUGUGCUCUUCGAUCUUCCAGCCGACUUGCUUGACUUGUCCUUUGACAUGCCACCGAAUGAGGCCACUCCCGAUGCACCCGGCCCAUCUGCUGCAGAGCCGCCUGCACCGCAGCCCAAACAACGCAGGAAGAAAGGCAAGAACCGACCCGCGAUGCCGACGCUGCGUUCAAGCCGUGGCCGGGACCUGAAGUUCCCCGUCCGGUUCAAGAGCGAGGGGUUCAAGGACGACGACAAGCCUUGGACGAACACUGAACGGAGGCAGCUGCUGAACGCGCUGAAGCAACACGGAAGCAGCGACGUCAGCAAGCUGGCUGAAGCGGUCCCCACACGGAGUGUUGCUGCAGUCAACCACUACCUGUUGGAGCGCCGGCGCUUGACGGAUCGCAUCGUGCUCCAGGGCCCAGCCGGGGACCGUGCAGCGUACUCAUGCCGUGUCCUGCGGAGGCCGCUGCAUGCGGUAAGGCGUCGCUACGACCGCACGAAAUUGCUGCCACAGGUCGUGGCGGCAUGUGAGCGGCAGCCGUUUCCGGAACCCACGGACGAUUCCACUGGAGAGUUGCCGCAGUUCGAGGACCUCUACCAGUUGAUGCGGGAGUUGAUGGAGAACCACGUGCCGGCCGCCCUGGGAGAUUGUGAGCUCUGGAUUCUGCAUCGUCUGCUGGCGACCCUUGACAGCAUGAUCGGGACGUUUGACCUGGACGCUUCAAAGCAGGCGCUGCAGAAGGCUCUCCUCUGGGCUGCGGCGCAGCCCGCCGUUGGCUACGCAAGGUCCGCUGGCCAAGAUUCGGCGCAGUCCCAGUCGGUGCCACCCGAGGAAACUGAUCGACACAUCAACUACCCGAGCAUAAAAGAUCGCAAGGAUGGCCUGCGCUCCUCGUGGAAUCCACUCCAGAUGUCCCCGGCUGCAGUCCAAGGCCCGUGGGCCAGCAUCAAGGAGCAUCUGGCCAGGAACGCCUUCUGGCAAAGGAGCACCGAGACUGACCACCCGGAUGAACCUCCAUCCAGCUCCACCCCCGCCCCCUCCGCCCGUAGAAGGGCGGAUCCCCGACCUUUGGAGGCAUUUUGUGCCUGGAAGAACUGAUCCUGCCGCUGUCUUGGCCAUCUUCGAGGCAGGUGUUUCAGCAUGACACGUGCCAGUUAUAGGUCAUAUGCUGGGCUCGCCUAUCAUGAGAAGUGCUAAACAGAGUUAUUACAAUAAACGCCUUU